CUUUGACAUUCGCUAAAAGCAAUUAGGAGAACAUGGAGAACGUCCUGACAACAAGAACUAAAAAAGACAAACUAUUCCCAGUAUCAUCAUCACACACCACCACAUUCAUUCAGUUCCUGCAUAGACCAAGACAAACCAAGACAACCAAGAAACUCGGCGCGUCAACUCUAUCUAAACGCCGUGCACACGACGGCAUUUUCCGUGAAAAAACUUGUACUGUACUGUACUCGUACAGUACCACCCUCGCUCCCCCCCAUACGUACUAUACAGAGCCACUCCUUUACUGGCCUUCACCCCGCCUCAUCCAUCCACUCGCAGUGCCCCACCGGGAAUAGCGCUAAUCUGACCCCAUCACAGAAUUUCUAAUCAAACAACAACCAAUCAAUCGGCAAUCCCGGCCAGGGAGGGAGAGAGAGAGAAAGAAGAAGAAAAAAGAUGCAAUCCCCAAUACCAAUCUCGGACCCAGCCCUCCUCCAGAUCCCCUUGGAUACCCAGACCCUAAACAUCAGCGGACUCCCCAUAAAGAUCUACGGUCUCUCCUCGCACCCGCCUUCGACACCCCUAACAUGCGUGCACCUCCUCCACCCGCGCCAUGAGACCCACGAGUACAUGUCCGGCAUAGCUCGAAGUCUCCUCUUCUCCCCCGCUUCGCCCGACUCCCACUCCCGGGCGCUGAUCUGCGCUGCCUUCGACGCUCGCAACCACGGCGUCCGCAUGACGUCCCCGCUCGCCAACGGGAGCUGGAAGGAGGGCAACGCCACGCACGCCGAGGACCUCUUCUCGCUCUACCACGGUACCGUCGAGGAUCUACGCGUGGUGAUCGAGUACCUGGGCGUGUACCUGCGCCGGCCGCUUCGCCAUUUCGCCGUCGGUGUUAGUCUCGGCGGACAUGCGGCCUACUUGGCCCUCGCGCUGCCGCGGGUGGAGGGCGUUGUCAGUGUUAUUGGGUGCCCGGAUUAUGGGCGCUUGAUAGGCGCGCGGGCGGAGAAGAGCGGGGUCGAUGUGCGAGAGGUCUUUGAGGGUGCGGGGUUGGGAGCGAUUGUUGGGAGGUUGGAUCCCGCGGCUGUUGGGGUGGAGGGGUUGAGGGGGGUUUGGAAGGGGAAGAGGUUGUUGGCGUUGAGCGGGGGCGCCGAUGGGCUUGUGCCGUAUGCUUGCUCGGAGCCCUUCCUGGCUGAGGUCAGGAGGGCUGUCGGGAGGGGGGAGUUGGAGCUGGGUGUUGAGGAUAUUGUCUAUGAGGGGGUUAAGCAUGAGUGCACUUCCGAGAUGGUUAGGGAGCUUGUGCGCUGGUUUGACGCUUGCUUUAAGGAUAUGGAUGGGGCUUUGAAGGGCUCUUCGGUCUUGUGA